AUGCGGCCCCUCCGCGCUCUCUCCGCAACUCUCCCGCUCGCCUUCGCCACCCUCUCACUAGCCUUCAUCAUCACGGCAUUCGUAUCUCGCGAGUGGGCCAAGCAGGACUUCUUCUCGCCCAACCUCCAGAUCACCGACUGGGACCCCGACAAUCCGCUGUACACGCUCUACCGCAGCCCGUUCACAGUGUGCACGGUCGAGGAGAUCCCCGGGACCUCCGGGGACGGCCUGGACUCGACCUUCGACGUCAGCUGCGAGCGCUACCGGGCGUAUGGGCGGGGCAAGACGUCGUGCGAACUGCCCAGCGACACGGGCACCACGUCUGGUCCGACCAACGGCGACGCCCGCAUGUGCGAGCAGGUCCACUACGCGGGCAACCUAAUCAUCGCGGCGCUAGCCUUCUCGUGCCUGGCCUUCGUGCUGUGCGUCGUGCUAUUCCUGUUCAGCUUCAUCACAUAUGGCCACCGCCCGGCUCCUGUGUCGGGCGCCAACGGCGGCGCCACCACUACCGCCAGCGAGACCAAAGGCCGUCGAGGGCGCCGCGCCGCAUACGCCACCCUGCGCAGUUGCUUCCUCUGCGCCGCCGCCGUCAGCGCCAUGGCCACCUUCCUCGCUCAGUGUUUCGGGAUUCUCGGCCUCGUGCAGUCACAGCCUGACAAUGGACUGUACGCUAGCUUUCUCAACGGGAACUCCGUCCUAGAUGGCGACUUGUCCCACGCGCCCUGGGUGCAAGGCUGGGCUCUCAGUGUCUAUGCUACGCUGGGAUGGCUGUGUGCCGCCUUGGCCGCGGGGACGGCAGCGGGCUGGUAUCGCUCCUGA